UGCGUGGGCGGUCUGUCGCAGCAGCGCCGGCUCGCGAUCGCGCCUGACACUCUAGUCCUUCGGCGAGAACCCUGCGAGUGACAAUCUCAUGGCGGGCAUGGGACCUCGGCCGAGACCGGUCCUUCUGGCGGCUGCGCUGGUUGUCGUUCUGGCGGUCCUCCGUGGCCGGAUAGUAGCGGAGGCGGAGCUGGACGUGCGGCUGGCGGCGCCGCGGCACGUGCUGUUCGGCCACUCUGCGCUGUUCCGCUGCGAGUACAGCGUCCCGCGAGAACUGCUCCAUAAAGUGGAGUGGCUCCGUAACGGCCGCAAGAUGUUUCAGUUCGUACGCGGCCGCUCGCCGCCCUUCCGCGAGUUCCACGUCCUCUUCGCGAAAAUAGACCGUAACGAGAGCGACGAGCGGCAGCUGAUGCUUCGCGGGCUCAAGUUCGAGGCGUCCGGCAUCUACACGUGCGAAGUGUCCACGAUAGCGCCCAUCUUCACCCGCAGCUCCGAGGAAGCGGAGGUCAUCGUCAUCCAGCCACAGCGGUGGCCGCCUCUGGUGAGCGUGGGGCGGCCGGUGUACACUGCCGGGGAGACUCUGAGAGCCAACUGCACGACCAGCCCGGCGCGACCCGCCCCCAGCGUCGUCUGGCUGCUCAACGGCCACAAGAUCCCUGGGAGCCACUACCAGCAGACGGAGCACCGCGAUCCGGACAGCGAGCACCUGUCGUGGUCGACGUCGAAGCUCAAGAUGCACCUGACGGACGCCCACGUGGGCACCAUGACGCUCACCUGCGUGGCCGCAGUGCCCGGCUUCGCCGGCGAGCCCAUGAUCGACUUCAUCGACCAGAGGGAGCACUCUGCCACAGCUGAGGUGGUGGUGCCGGUGCCCGAGAGCUCUGCCUGCCGGGGAAAUCCCCCGCUUGUGUCGCAGCUGCUGCUGCCUCUGCUGCUGUGCGGCGCGCUGCUAUGACGUCACUGGCCGUGAUGGCCGCCACUUGCGCCCGCCGUGCCAAGACAGCCACACCGGCAGCUCCUCAGGCUCCAGUCGGCGACCGUGUCGAGCCAAUCAGCAGCCCUCGCGACUAGUCAGAGGGGAGAGAAAGGGGGAACAACGGGGAAGAAGAGUGCUUGCUUUUUUGGAGUCGCCCUCGCUGUUGACCAAGUCGUUUCUAAAUGUUUCCCGCUUGAAUGAAUUUUCGUAUGGUUGUCUACAGUCUUUUGCUCAGUUUACGAGUUCAGUAGGAAACUCUGACCUAAAGUGGAAAAAUGACGGCUAAAUGCGACACUUUGGAAAUUAUUGUGUGAUUUAUUUCUUCUCCUGCUAUGAUAUCGCACUUUGGCUGGCGGCAAAACACCUUUUUCAUAUUAUUACACAUAUUCUGGACUUGAUUACAUCUACAAUUCCUCUACAUAAUUUCUGCAGAUCUCUCCUCAGGUACACUAUUUUAUUACCAGCGGUAUCUAACAGAAGCCAGUGGCUACGCACAACAUUACUCAAUGCUAGGAACACACAAAUUCUGUCAAUGUAUUGCUGUAAAUAAUUUCAUACAUUUACUUAUACAUUGUACAGCUUGAAAAGUCUAAAAGCAGCUAAAAUAAGUCGUUGUUCAUUUGUCACUUUCAACGUAAAAAUGCAGGACUGACCAGUUACCUCUAAUUACUGCAGAGCUUACUUUAUCAGCACCAAGAACAAUGUGCAAGUCAUAAACGGUGCACAGAAUACGCCCCGACAAAAAUAUUUAUACUGAAUCACUUUUUCAAAAUUUACGAAUAUAAGACUUACAGCUCCGUAAAAUAUAAACCAUUUCAGGACACUUUCUAAAAUGAGACUGUAACAUUAAUUACUGACUAAUGUAAAUUACUCUCCUAAAAGUAAACUGCGCUUGAAAGAGAAGUCAAGUUCACUAACACCAAAGAGCAUUUGGAGAUGUAUAAUUGUUUCUUGCUCGUUAUUCCGUGCCAGUGAUGAAACUCUUUAAUUUAUUAAGAACACGUAAUCACAAGCAAUAAUUGAUUCAACACCAUUACACUGGCAUAAACGCUUCACCCAGUGGAUCAGCAUUACCGUUGACAUACCUGGUGUUCUCAGCAUAUGGGCUCUUCCAACUAAACUUUGGUGCGUAUUUUAAAAAGUAGAAAUAAAACGGAAAGAUUACUUACCGCACCCCACUGUUAGCGAUUUGGUGUACAGAUCUGGAAACCAAACAUUUACUGAAGCCCUCAUAUUUAAAAAAGAUGCAGUUAUAAUUAUUUUAAUGUUUCACACAGUAAGAUAUUUUAGUUAAUGGGAGUGUGGGGGAGUGAAACAGAGAGUUACAGUUUUAAUGUCGAAGCAUAUUUUUAUCUUCUGAAGCGUUGUAACUCAUGAAUAAAUGUACGACUUAUUUGUCUGUGUCGCCGCUGCUGUCUUCGUUGUAGUCCAGUUUAUGGAAUAAUAGGGAUGAAGAGUUUCUAUGUCGCACUCUAUUCUCAUCGUAUACUUCAAUCUCUACAUAAAUCUUCGUGUUGUAUUAUCAGUGUCUACUCAAUAGUUGAUCCAUAUCUCCAUUAACUGGUUUUUCUUGCACCAUUCCAACUCGCUUGUUUACUUGCGCCAUUCUUAGAAUGAUCAAAGCAUUUUGUGUCGACCCAAUAAACACCCCAAAAUUCCACUUUGCGAGAAAAUUCGAGUUUGCUCUUAUAUCAAUUACGGAUAUUGGAAUAUUUUCCGUGUGUCCUUUGCAUCGCACAGGUUUGAAAGCUUGAAGAGUGUCAAUAAUGAUUUGCUCGGAGUCAUUGUCGUGUGGUCGCUGGUACUACUAUUAGUAUGAGUCAUUAAUGGCCAAUGCUGAAGAGUGUUUUAAGUGUAAGUCAGAAUCCACAUACUUGUGAAAUAACUCUUGAAAAGAUGUGUUCUUUACAAGUGGCAGAUUAAGAAAUGCUCGUCCAAGAGUCUUGCUGACUACUGAUAUACUAUAUGUGUUACAUGUGCUGGAAGUCGAGGCAGCUUAGAGCACACUUGUGAAUGUAUCCAUUUUUAACCAUCUCCGUUAACAUAUUUUAUAAAGGAAAUCAUUCUUGAAUUUACAAUUGCUACUGAAAGAAUUGUUAUUUUACAGUAUAAUAUGUAAUAUUAUGAUGUAUUAUACAUAUUCUAUGUCAUUUAUUCUUUAAUAAUUGGUAACCCAAAGCUAUUGCUACACUUGUCGUAUUGAUAAUUAUUUGACGUUUCUGUAAACCCACAUUUUAUAUACAAGUUUCAAUUCUGUCCUCGAUGUAUGGAUGCUCUAACAUGUAUGUCAAGACUUUCAGUAAAACCAGUCUUCCUGUGUAGUUAGAGAUUUCUAAUAGAAAAUAUAAAUUUGCUUCGUCAGGGUAAGGUGAUUGUUUUGAUAAAAAAUUUCAUCUUGAUGUUACAUAUAAUAUGUAGCAGCACAAAAAUUUGUGUCAUAUUUCCACUAGCAACAUUAACUUGGGACUAACACAGAGUGUCAAAUGGUGUGUCUUUAAUUCUUAUAGUUGGCUUAAAAAAUAACAAAACAUUCAUGCAAAAUAUCCAAAUGAAGCGCUAUUUUCAUAUAUGCUGAAACUGGGAUACCCACAAAAAAUGCUUCCGUUGGUUCUAAGAAAGCCAAAAUCAGGUAUUUUUUUAAAGAAUUAUAUUUUUGUCCGCCUAAUUGGUGUAAUGAUGACUGAAUCUUUUCUAACAUCUAAGUGGGUCGUUCGUAUUGAAAUGCAACGAAUAUCGGCCUACUUCUUCUCGUCUUACGACGCAGAUUUAGUCCACGCUACCUCGCCUGAUCCGCAAAUUUUGGAAAUUAUAAUUCAUACAUUGUGGGCCUUAUGAUAGUUCUCACAGUGUAAAGAGACCAAUGCAAAGUACCCUAUUAAAUUUUCAUUUUUGAGUCUGCAUUUACUGAUAGGGAAAAAUUUUCGAUGAACAAGUUACUAAUAAACGUGAUGUGUCAUAAAUAAAAGUCGUAAAUGAAUGUAUUUGUUGCAGUCCCGUCAAGAUAAAACUGGACACAAUUGUGGCACAAACUAUUGUGAUGUACAAUUUGUAGAUAAUUAUGUUUUUGAAUCGUCUCUGUGUGUAAAACUGUGAAUGAAAUAAUGAAAAUAAACGUGUUGUUGAAACAAAAUUAUAAUAUAA